CGCCCAGGCAGCGGCCUUAGCGGGUCGCCGACCCACGAUCCCAGCCGUGGCUGCUUGCUUGCCGGAGUGUGCACCGGUACGCGUCGCCGGUGACAUGUUGCAAAAACCGAGGAACCGGGGUCGCUCUGGCGGCCAGGCCGAGAGGGACAGCGACUGGAGCCGUGGCGGAAACUCCGGGGCCUCGCGGGCGGGCGAACACGCCCGGGCCCGCAGAGACGGCUUCGCAGAGGAGGCCCCGAGCACUUCCCGGGGGCCGGGCGGCUCGCAGGGGUCGCAGGGCGCCCGCCGGUCCCAGGCCUCCCCCGCCGUGGGCCCCAGGACCCAGAAGCAGCAGGAGCUGAAAGUGUCCGAGCUGGUGCAGUUCUUACUGAUUAAGGACCAGAAGAAGAUUCCGAUCAAGCGGGCCGACAUACUGAAGCACGUCAUCGGGGACUACAAGGACAUCUUCCCCGACCUCCUCAAACGGGCCGCCGAGCGCCUCCAGUACGUCUUCGGUUAUAAGCUGGUGGAACUUGAACCCAAGAGCAACACUUAUAUCCUCAUCAACACCCUGGAGCCGGUGGAGGAGGAUGCCGAGGUGAGGGGUGACCAAGGCACGCCCACUACGGGCCUCCUGAUGAUCGUCCUGGGGCUCAUCUUUAUGAAGGGCAACACCGUCAAGGAGACUGAAGUCUGGGACUUUCUGCGGCGCUUAGGGGUCUACCCCACCAAGAAGCAUUUCAUUUUCGGAGAUCCAAAGAAACUCAUUACCGAGGACUUUGUGCGACAACGUUACCUGGAAUACCGGCGGAUACCCCACACCGACCCCGUGGACUACGAGUUCCAGUGGGGCCCGCGAACCAACCUGGAAACCAGCAAGAUGAAAGUUCUUAAGUUUGUGGCCAAAGUCCAUAAUCAAGACCCCAAGGACUGGCCAGCGCAGUACUGUGAGGCGUUGGCAGAUGAGGAGAACAGGGCCAGACCUCAGCCCAGUGGCUCAGCCCCAUCCUCUUGAAAUCUGAGGUGGAUUCAGAGGGACCCCCGGGACAAGGGUCUGAGACCCAAAGGCACAGUGCAGAGGAGCGGGGGAAGGGAGAACGAACCCAGGAAGCGUAUUUCUGUAGCGUUUCAAUGUGUGUAGCUUUAGGAUGUGUUUGCAAAGUUUUGUUCUUUUAAUGUUGUGUUAUUUGGUUCCAGAUUUUCAUCUAUAAACAAAGGAGCAUUUGUUUUGCUUUGAUUUUACUUUUUUUGGUAUAAAAAAUUUUCCUAGCUUAGUAAAACGAAUUGGAAAACUUGACUAUGAUCUGAAACAGAUAUGCCAGAAGGAAGACAUAAGUAAGUUGCUUUGGUGCCAAGAAAAUAAAAAAGUAGCUAUUAUCGGGUCUCUUAAGCAUCCCAGUUUGUAAGGAAAAAUAAAAGUCUUUAUAAAAUUAAAAAUAAAAACGUAAUUGCCUAUAUCCUUAUUACCUUAACCUAUUUUAUUUUUUCUAUAUUUCCUACAUAUGUAAGUAUUAUUCAUGGUUCCAAGCAAUGAACGUGGUGUAUUUUCUCCAAAUAGCAAUUGUUUAUAUUCAUAAUUACUCAGCUGUGUUGCUAAACAUGCAGUUCCACUUAGUUUUUUUU